AUCGUUCGCCUUGGCCACGGUCGCGCGUCCGCGCUAGAAGAAAAAAAAAUGCAGUGAAAAGUGCGAAUUUUGGGCUCGUUUUCGCGUGAAAACUUUGGCACGUGCGCUACCGCCGUGCUCGGUGACUAGUGCAUCGGUAGUUUGGUAAAAAUUCCCAUCGGAUUGCAGUGCAAAUGGUGAUUUUCGAUUGCAGUGUCUAGAAGAGGUGCCUGAAAAGCAGCACAAUUUUUGGGAUCAUUUUUUUUCCACUGAUUUUGCUCGCAAGGAAGGAGAGGAGGGCGCACACAGAAAAGAAGAAAAUUUGUCUUCCUCCCGCACACACGCAACGGAGAGUGCGGAUACGGUGUUGUUGUGCACGAGCAUCACACACACGGCUCUUGCAUAGUGGAUAAUGGGGCGGUGGUGUGGUUCGAUCGCAAUGUGCUGUUCGCUUCUAGCAUAGAGCUGCGAUAAAAGUGUGUAGCUUGGGAAAAUUUAAAAAAAGGAAUAUUGUGAUUGUGUUAGUGCAGGCGACGAAAAUAACAGGAGGAAAAACUGAAGUGUUUUCGCGUUUAUUCAUAUAAAAAAAAAUCGACGUCUCUCUGUGGAUGUGAGUGUUUUGAUUGUGAAGCUAGUGUGCUUCAUUUUCUCACGUUUCUUCGAUGAGAUGCGCUUUCACGCAAACUGAUGAAUGGAUUUUGGAUAGCUGGAUGGAUAAUGAUUCUUAUAACUGGAAGUGGAAUAGACUCAGUGAUAAAACCGUACUGACCAGUUUCGGAUAUUCCAUUAUCGACCUACCGCAGCAGCAGCAGUACCAGAAAAUUAUGGAUUAAAUUUCGUGCAUAAAGUCUAUAGUUUAAUAUAUGUUUCGUAGUGAAACGAAGAGGAAGAAAAAAAACGAGUGUCUGUAAUCAAAUGGCCAAUAUUUUAAUCGCAAGGUGAAAAGUGUACGUCCCCGCAGUCAUAAAGUGUAGUGUCGCUUUCGUUCCGUUAUAUUGUUAUUAUAAUUAAAUUGUUUGUGAUAACGUCGAUGAUGGAUGGUAGUGUGAGGGUUAAGAAAUAAGGAAGAAAGAGAGAGAGAGAGAGAGAGCAAAAAACUGCAAAUCUCUUAUCAGAGAGUGUCAAAAUAAUAUGCACGUAUCAACACAGUCCAACAUCAGCAGCAGCAGUACGACCACGAAUACGACGACGACUACAGCUAGCUAUAAUUCGCAAACCGGCAGUAGCAUUCCGGAGUCCAGUUCAUCAUCGCAACAAACCUUUCGUGGUCAGCAGAAUCCCGAAAGUCAGUACUAUCAUCAUCAGCAGCAGCAACAGCAGCGGCAAUCAUUCAGUGGCAGGACUCACGGUGUCAGUGGUGGUAAUGAUCAAGGUCACCGCCAACAACAACAGCAGCAACACCACCGCCAACAACAACAACAACAACACGGUGCAAUCAUAACUACAGAAUGUGAUACUGAAGCGGAGAUUCCGGCCUCUGUCAUCAGCAGCGUUGGCACGGUCAACUAUCACCAAUCGACGGCUGCGAUCCGGCAGUUGUACGUUGUGGCGCCGGUCGGCUAUGGGACCGGAGGCAGCACCGGCAAUGCCUUCAACGCCGCCAUCACCGCUACUACCGUGAGCAACGACAAUGUGAGAGGUGGCCAAACCUACAGCGACAGUGCUAGCGAAAGUGCCAAUCAUCAUCAUCAGCAGCAGCAUCAUCAUCAUCACCUUCACCACCACAGUAGCGGCAACGAUAGCCACAGGAUGAUAUCACAGGCCAGCACCGGUAGCUCCUCGACGGCGGUUCAAAGUUCUGCAGCAUCUUCGGCGACAGCUGCAGUAUCGGUGGCAGCAGCAGCGGCGGCCGCAGCAGCUGCAGCCGCGGCCAACACUAGCAACGGAAGUACAAAUCAACCCCGCCAGCAUCCGAAAAAACGCAAGUUCGAUCUGGCCGAACUCGAGGAGAUGGAAUCCCACCGGGGCAGUGCAGGCUCUUGCGGGCCACCGCCCGCGGACACGGGAGGAACACCACUGCUAAACGGGAGCAAUACUAGCAGUACUGUAAAUAGUAAUAGUAGUAACAAUAUUAACCUAGGCAACGAUCACACGAUGAUCAUGAGCGAGAAUAUCCCAACGGCGGGACACUCGGAACUUCCCAACAGUAGGCCACCGUCGGGGUCUUCGGCGUCUUCCUCGGUGGUCUACAGCAGUUGUAGCGGGAAUAGUAAUAAUCUAGGUGCAAUAAUAACCGUUACUUCGAUGGCGCAGCAUCAUCCGACGACGAUGAUCGACGGCAUCAACUGUAGCAGUCCCAGUAGUAACAACAACGGUACUAUAGGUGGAAUGAGAUUCCACCACCAGCAACAGCAGCAGCAGGGUUACGAGGCCAUGCAACAGCAGAGGCAGAUGGUCCAGCAGCAAACAGUCAGGAUACAGCAAACUGCGGACGGGUUCUACAGCAACAAAAAGAUCUACACCAAUGCUUCUUAUGGCUCCCCCAUCAACAGCUACAAACCUGCUGCCACACCUCCGUCUUCGAUGUCGCAAUCCGUUCAGCUCCAACAGCAGCCGCAGAUUGUAGCAUCCCCUUCGUCGGUCCAGCAUCAACAUCAGCAUCAGCACGUUCCGCCCGCCAGCCAUACCCCACCGGACACGGGAUCGCAUCACAUCAGCAGUACGCCGCCAGUCGCAGGUCUGAUCUCAAGCAACGCUACUACCUCGUCCUCGUCCGGACCCCCACCGCCGCCGCCGUCAGCGUCGUCGUCGUCGUCGUCGUCUGCUACUACUAGUACUAAUACUGCGUCAUCAUCGUCGUCUUCGGGUCCCUGCGGGGCGGCGGCACCAUCGAGCUUGAUCGAUCUUAACGACUGGGCCAACAACUAUCGAGUGCUGGCUAAACGGAAAGACUAUUACGAAUCCGGUGUGAUACGGGCCACGCCGUCGCCCAGCACCGUGGUAGUCCUCUUCGACUAUCCCGAGGGAAGCCAACAACUGUACGAUGACGUAUUUGGCGCUGGUCGCUACGACAUCAUCGACGAUGCUUGUCCUUCCGCUUCGGAUGUGGUCCCCGGGUGCAGGAUAUGCGUACGUGUUCAAACCAUCCCGGCACAUCCGACCGGGAACGUUUUUGUCGAGGCUGUGGUUAAGGAGAUGCAUAAUAGUACUAAGAAGUUUUCGGUUCAGUUCGGACCAGCAAGUGGCGCACAAGAGAUUAAGUUGGUCAAGAGGGUGGACAUUCGACUGCUGAAACCACCCUGGUGGGAUGAACUGGAAGAGAUGGUAGAGGCUGUGGAGGGUGCCCGGAACCGGUCACAACAGACGCCAGUGAGUAGGCCCGGACCGAUGAACUAUCACAGUUCGGAUGCAUCCCAGGCUCCAACCAAUGCCGCCAUGUACAACCCAAGUCAAAGUGUCCCUCCUGUUAGUGCCGCCGGAGCACAGUAUAAACCCAUCAGCAUCACGCAGGGACGUGGUGUAGCGGCUGCUGCACGCUACGAUCCUCAACAACAACAACAACAGCAGCAGCAACAGCAACCACAGCAACAGCAACAACAGUCACAUGUGCCAUUACAAGUCUGUCAAAUACUUCCCACGCUUCACGCGAACGAAGAGUACUAUCGGACGGCGGCCACCUCACCGUUCCAGACGACCCAGAUGGCAUCGGGACCUACUGGGGCCAGUGGAGCAGAUGGCCAACCGACGAGUCUGAUAGCAAAUAAUCACUAUCAAGCGCAUCACCUCUCCCAACAGCAACAGCAGCAGCAGCAGCAUGGUGGGAGCGAACUGAUGGCGCCUGGUGGCUCGAGCACAGUAUUAACGUCUGGCAGUCCAGACGAUUUGCACGGUGCAAAUCGAACGUACUACGACUACGAAAGCGACGACGAACUGCGGCGAGGCGAAAUCAACUUCCCCAUGGAUGGUGAAAACGAAAAAUACUCAGGCAGCAGCAAGCGAAGCAGCAUGCAAAGCCGUGGCAGUACGUCUAGCUUACUGGAUCAGCGAAGUACUCCCAGAUCUCAACCAGCAACUCCCAGAUCUCAAGCGGCGACGCCGCACCGCUUCAAGAAGGGCGACGUGGUGUCCACCCCGAACGGUAUACGGAAAAAGUUUAACGGCAAACAGUGGCGAAGGCUGUGCUCGAACGAGUCCUGCUCGAAAGAAUCUCAACGACGCGGGUACUGCUCGCGGCAUCUCAGCCAGAAGGGCAACGCACUGCGAUCGUCCGCCGGUUCCACGGCGAACCAUUUCAACAGCAGUCGGUCCAGUAGCAAAACGCAACUGGACGAGGACACCUCUCGGGAUUCGGAAACUUCACCCAACUACCGGGUAGCUGGGCGGUUCGACCAGGAGGAAACCGACGUGGCCAAUAUGCUGGUGUCACUGAGCAGUUCCCGCUCGGCAACACCGUGCAAUUCGUUCUCAUCGCCAACGGGACACGCCUCGUCUCCGCUGGCCAGCAGCACCCAAUCACCGGUGACCAUAGGCAACCGGCAGAACGUGUUUAUGCCGAUUGGCAGUCCGGCACCGUCCUCAUCGGAUCACCAUGGCAAAUUCAAAACCAACACCCCCAGUCCCGUGAUGUAUGGUAGCGCGCAGGGUCUAAGCGCCAGCGGGAUGUCCGUGGGUAUUGGCCUCCAGCAACCGCCGCUGAUCCGGCCAGAACUACUGAGACCCGCCCAACCUCCACCGCAUCAACCGAUCGUAUCGCUUCCCCCCACAGGCCAUGCAACCAGUGUGAUACGGAUAUCGCCGGCAUCAUCCCACGGUUCCCAACAUCCGGGACUAUACUCUUCCUUUCAUGGCCAACAACAGGUGAUAGUAGAUCCGGGUCAACCACCAUCGCAGCAGCAACAACAACAACAACAACAUCAACACCAACAGCAGCCGCAACAUCUAUCCAAUCGCGGACAGAUCAUGGCUCCUCAGCAAACGAUCCAACUUCAGCAGGCGAUCGUUCAACAACAGUCACAUCCAGCGGUCCCACAGCAACAACAACAACAACAACAACCAGUGACCGUGCCAAAAAACGGCAUUAGCACGGGUUCCAUCUUUCAAUGGCAUACAUUACUUCCGAUAAUCCAAGCUCCGGCCUCGAAAACGUUCGUCCACCACCAUCAAUCGAGCUACUCUCCAGCUCAGCACCAGCAACAGUCAUCCGGCAUUCCACAGACGGUCAAUACGACAAUCAUCGCGUCGCCGACGGUCAAGAUCUGCACGCCACCACCGUCGGAACCGGCUGCCGAUGACGAGUGCGACGACAAUGAGGGAGAUGAUGAUGUUUUUGAAGCAGAGCCCGUGAAAACUAAUUACAAUAACAAUAACAGCAGCAGCAACAACCAAUUGGCCGGGAGAGACAACUUUCAAAGCUCUGGUGGGAACCAGUUACUCCGAGGCAUGGACAUCGAAGCCGGACCGGGUUCAUUCCCGAAUCAGACUCUAGCAGGCGGUGGUCAUGGGAGUACCGCAGGAGCAACUAGCAAAGCGGAGAGUGAUUUAAUCAAGAGACGCACACAGUCCUGUAGCGCAGCGCUGCAGGCAGCCAACAACGCCGCCAGUGGUGGGGGAGGUCCACCCGGUGCAAAGGAACCGCAGAGUCCUCUGAACAAGAAGGAUGCCAAGAUCCGUCGGCCGAUGAAUGCCUUCAUGAUCUUCUCCAAGAGGCAUCGAGCACUCGUUCACCAGAAACACCCCAAUCAGGACAAUCGGACCGUGAGUAAAAUCCUUGGCGAAUGGUGGUACGCCCUGAAACCGGAGGAGAAAACCAAAUACCACGAACUUGCCAGCGAAGUCAAAGAGGCUCACUUCAAGGCUCAUCCCGAGUGGAAGUGGUGUUCGAAGGAUCGACGGAAGUCUUCCUCCUCGACGAAGGACGGUCGUAGUCGGAUGGAUUCCUUCGACGGGAACGAUUCGUUCGACGAGAAGAGUCCGACCACUCCGUCGGAACUGGGUACCGUGGGCGUAGCGGUUCCUCCCCUGAAUGACAUCAUUCCGACAACCAUCGCACCGUACAACACCGGAGGACAUCCCGACGACGAAGGUGGACGUCCGGACGGUGCUGUUGGCGCUGCCAACGGUGGCGUAGAGAAGAUGGACCAGGAUGACGGUACCAUGUCGGACGAUGAGCAGCAGAUGGUGAUUGCGGAGGAUUCCGCACUGCAACCGAUCGGUGAAACGGUCGAGAUUGCCGAUCUCAAGUGCGCCGAGAAGGUGGGAGAUUCCGACGUGGACGAAGGGAACAUCGGAGGAGGCGGUGGCUGUGGUGAAGGAGAGGACUACAAGGGGAAAAUCAAGGUUUCAGAAUCAAUGGUUGCAUCGUCCUCCCUCGCGAACGACAACGUUCCGACCGAUUACUCGAAAACGGCGACAGCACCGAUUCCAGCUAGCAACAGCAGUAGUAGUAGUAGUUCAGCACCAUCAACCCCGUCGGAUCCGCUGACGUGUAAACCGAAGCCGAUAAAGGUGGCCCUGCUGCCUCCACCAGCGUCCCACCAAUCGGGUGGAAGCGUUGGAGUCGGUAGCGGCGUUCCGCACGGCGAACCACCUGGCGGCGGAGGCGGCAUGCUGCACCACGGCUAUCAUCAUCAUCAUCAAUCGUCGCUUAGCUACUCGUACGGUAGCCCGAAGAACCCGAUCGGUGUGUCGCCGUUUCAACCUACCGGAGGUGCAUUCAAAACGAUGCCUCAGAGCCCGAAAACCAUCGCCAAACAGGAGCAGUACCAAACGGUCACCACUCCGACCACUAUCAAAACUGAGCCGGCGGACAAUCUGUGCAAUAACAAUAACAGCAACAACAGCAACAACAACAACAACAACAUGAGCAAAGUGUCUGCCAAUGGAAACAUAUUCAACUUUUCGACCACUGCUAUCAAAGAGCACCAACAACAGCAGCAGCAGCAACCAUUUGUCUCAACGGACAAUAAAUGUAAAUCGAUAAGCUUGAAUCCUAUCUGUUAUACGAUCUCUAAUACUAACAACAGUAGCAACAAUAAUGCUACCAUUACCGGUACAAGCAAUAGCAAUAACACAAUCUUGAUGAGCAUGAAACAAGUUGUGCCAUCUCCGUCGGCGUCAGUUCAGCAGCAGCAGCAGCAACAGCACCUCCAGCACCAACAUCAUCACCAUCAGCAACAACUGCAGCAGCAGCAUCAGCAGCAAUUUUCCGCUGGAUCCAACGGCGAAAAUACCUCCAUUCUCACGUCAAAUCAGCUACUGGCCGCAGCCGCUGCCGCCGGUAGGCAGAAGUUUAUGUUUGCAGUGAAUGCAAAUAAUCCGCAGUUUACGCUCGUCCUACCCGACAACCAACAAUACGCUCUUAACGACCGCUCGAAACUGUUCGCCACUUCAUCUGCCAUUUCCUCUUCCUCCUCAUCCACUGCUUCCUCUUCGGCGGUCUCUCUUACCUCUUCGUGUACUUCCCUGUCCUCUUCCUCGGGUUCGUCCCUGAAUUCCUCUGCCGUGCCAGGACUAGCAGCUUCAACCGCUUACGCACUAACCACUUCCUCGAUGGUGCAGGGACAGCAAUUGAAGCCAGCCAUAUCAUCAAGUACAACUACCGCAACACUCCAACCAGUACAAUAUUUGAUACAAGGAAAAAUACCGAACCUUCUCAUCUCUACACCCGCACCACAGGCCUACCAACAACACCAACCGCAACAGCCCCAGCUGAUGAACAUUAAACAGGAACCGCCAGAAUCGCCUGGUGGAAGAAACUUCCCCGUCACGCCCACUUCGUGCUCUUCGUCUGCGGUGCCUCCAAUGAUGGACACGACCGAACAGCACGAUCCCUCUGAACCAGUUGCGCCCGGAGGGGCAUCCGAUGAGACUGACGAUGACUUCGAUACUCCCGAGAGCAAGAAGUUCAUCCUGGCCCCGACUCCGGCUCAGCUGGGCCGUGCUCCGCUGCAACGACGGCAAAUGAGCAAUAGCAGCAAUUCGUCCGGUCAGAACCAGCAUCAGAACGCUGGCGACAGCAGUGACAACAGCAAUGGAAGCACCCAUCAACCGUCGGCACAGAUGCCAUCCGCACUGCCGACACCCACAUCGGCCACAAACGACGAUUUCCAGAGUCCACAGAUUUCGCCAACAGUCAAGACGAAGAACUUCUUCAAAAAGGUCAAACCGGACGAUAUGGAUAAUGUUCUCCGGCAGGUUGACUUCGAGAAGAAGUUCAAAACGCUACCCCAGUUCAAACCGGAGGACUGCCAAUCGCCCAGUGCAAUCUCAGUGCCAUCGUCACCACGGGUUUUCACCCAAAACUAUCGCAAGAAGUCGGCGCAGCAACAGCAGCAGCAGCAACAACAACAACAACUGUUGCAACAGCAACAACAACAACUCAAAACCCCCAUGGAAGAAGAACACCCCCAACAGCACCAUCACCCGUCAGCUCAGCUUACAUCGGACAGCAGUGCGCCGCUUUCGUCGACGGCAACGCCCUCCAGCUCGUACAUCAUUGGCAAUCGCUUCUUCGGACCGGAUUUCAACAUGGAACAGUACAAAGAUAUAGCCACUGACAACACGGACCGCUCGCCCCGGACUCCGAAAACGCCCUCGGCACGGUCAGUCAACUCGGCCGAAGAGAAAGGACAUCGGAAGAUUCUGGAACAGCGGCGCAACUUGGUUAUGCAACUGUUCCAGGAACAUGGAAUGUUCCCAACGUCCCAGGCGACCAACAGCUUUCAGCUGGCCCACAGCGACAUCUUUCCGAGCAAGCAAAGCUUGCAGUUGAAAAUCCGCGAAGUUCGACAGAAGUUCAUGGCCCAACCGCCGGGUUUUACGCCACACUCGGCCGGGCCGAUCACGCCGACCGAUCUCGGUGCUGGUACGCAAUCCGAUCCGACGCAGCAGAUACUACAAAAUCUUCAACAGCAACAGCAGCAGCAACAGGAAUAACCACAACAUAAUAAUCGAUUUGUCAUUACUUUUUACAAAAGCAUUUCAAAAUUCGCUAACACUCGGAAGCAUUAGAUUAUUUGCAAUACGCAUAGCGAAACUGAAUGCAUUCGGCAGAAUUCACGCCCCAACUAAAAAAAAACAAUAGAUAAUAAAUAAUUACUAUUACAAACACUACUCAAUAGCCUAAACAAUAUACCGGAACUCUAAAACAAGCAUAAACAAACAAUAGGAAAACAGAUUAAACCUAACUCACACAUACUUUCACAUAACCGUUAACAUAAAAAUCUACACAAACAUAAACCAGUAGCUAAAAAAACAAUAGAUCAAUAUGUUAAAUUAGAAAGCCUCAACCGAUUGAAUUCGCUUGAAUUUUGAUCAUUUCGUACCCAUCAUCACCGUCGUAGAUGCUCUGCUUGCCAACCAACCAACCACACACACACACACACCCAUGCACACAUGCAUAACAAUCGCUCGGAGCAGGUCCACCCUCGCUCUGCUUUACCGACAAUGCCCUUAAAAGAAAAAGAAAAGAAAAACUCCCUAGUGUUAUCUGGCAGAACUCAGCCUCUCUCUCUAUCUCUCAUCAUCAGCUCAUGCCGAGACACAUAUUAUACGUCGGCUCGCGUUCUCUCUCUCACACACACACACACAAACACAUACACGCAUACAUGAACGCGACCAGCCAGUCGCCUAAUCGAAGUGAAAUGAAAAUGAAAAAUCCCAGUCUCUUGAAUUAAAAAUUUAGAGGUUAAACAAGCGUAUCGUGAAAUUUAUUCAGAUCCAUUUCGUGCUUGACCACGGGAUGGCAUCUAGUGAUCUUAGUUGGUAAGUUGCAGUAAAAAAUAAAAAACAUAUAUAUACAGAACGGUGAAAAAAAAACAUAAGUUUGUCUAUAGAAAGGAUGAUUAAAUAUUAACACAAAUUGUACAUACUAUUUGCAACGUUAAUUAAUGACAAAAUGUCUUUGAAAGAAGAGCUAGAAUUAGGAAAAAAAAAGUAGUAGAAAGUACAAGAAUUUAUUAACAAAUUUUACUGUGAGUUGUAGUAGUGGAAAAACCAAACGUUACAAAAUACUAAAAUACGCCCCCCCCCCCCCUUCCCUUCCCUUUGUAAAGCUAGAGCGAUCAUUUCCCAUCCAACUAGAACACACCAUUUUUUAGAGCAACAACAAGUGCUACUUUACCUGGAACCUUCAAUCGUACGCAGAAUCCUCAUCCCAACUCUUUCGCCAAAACUAAAGGACACUGUCUGCUAGUUCUGUCUCUCUCUCUCUUUACUCCUGUUACCCAUCACGCACACAUCCUAGAAAGGCGACAAACUUUCCACGCACUUCCAUGAAUAACAACAAAAAAGGCACCUUUCAUAAAAGUCAUUAACUACUAAAGCGACUACUCUCUCUUUGACGAAAACCGUACUUUCAACCAUUCCCGCCACACCGUUUCCAACAAAAUCAAAAAUGGACAAAACUCACUUUGAGAAGCACAUUUUUUAGAAGAUUAGUCCAUCGAACCGCCCUCUUACGACGUACAUUGAUUAAAAGAAAAGGCAUCAAACAAACUCACACAUCCACAUAAACAAAUGAAGUCAAACGCAGUAGUCAGUAAAAUCCCAGAAUUAAAUACUAAUCGCUAAGGUCACACCCACACACUAAGGAAGCUUAACCAUUAAUGACAAUUUAAAACAAAUGAACGAGGUUCAGUUGGCCGAAUCACACAAAAACACUAACACAUGCCGAGAUACAGUUUAAAGUAAAAUAAAAUUAAAGAAGAAAAAACAAGAAAAAUAUUACCAAGCAUUGACCCCUUUGUUUCAAAUGAAUGUUGUCUUUGAGGAUGUAGUAGUUGAUCAUGCAAACAAAAAUGAAA